AUACUAUAAACACUCCUAUAUAUACUCCCUCUCUCAUAUUUGAUCAUCUCAUCAAUUCACUCUUAAAUUCAUUCUUCAAUUUCUCUUAUUUUCUGUUUAUUACUUUUUUAAUUCAUUCCAUUUUCCCUUUUCAUUUCUUAAUUAUGGCCACUGAGGUUGCACCAAGUACCACCUUGCCCGAAACUCAGGCACCUGUUGAGGAGCUCGUGACAGAGACAGUAGUCACUGAAGCAGUGAAAGCUGUACCUGAGGCUACAGCUUCCGAGGAGGAAGCUGUGCCUGAGGCUACAGCUCAGGCUACAGCUUCCGAGGAGGUAGCAGAAGAAGCUUUUGCAGAAGCCCCGGCAACUGAGACAACAGAUGAAGCCUCAGAAAAAACCGAGGUCCCGGCAACUGAGACAACAGAUGAAGCCUCAGAAAAAACCGAGGCCCCAGCAGUAGAAACCAAGCCAGAGCCAGAGCCAGAGGCAGAACCCGAGGUAGAGACCAAGGAAGUUGAGGCUGCACCAGCAGUUGAAGAAGAGAAGGCAGCAGUCGAGGAAGCCAUCGAAGCGAGCCCAACUGAGGCCACCGAAACACCAGUUGAAGAACCGUCCAAGGAGGAGGAAGCAGCACCAGAAGAGGCUCCUGCAGCAGAGGAAACUGGCACUGAAAUCCCAGUUGAGAAGUCUGAAGAGUAAACUUGGUUUGAAGGGUCUUUUUAAGUAUUUCUAAAGGUUGCCUUUUGGGAUUGAUCAGUUUUUUAAUUCUAUCAUAUUAUUAUGAUUACUUCAAUUAUUGAGAAAAAAAAAAGACUUUGGUUUGGGAUUUAUGAAGAUUUAUACAUCAAUAUCAAAGCUAUUUGCUUGUGACGUGCACAUUCUUGUGGAUGUUGGGUUGAGUCCAGAGAGAAGUUUGAGUGUUUGAAAUUGUAAUGGCUUUGGUUAUGGAAUAAUAAAUCUUAUUAUAAUUUGUCAA